AUGACGCGGCACACCGUGCACGGUUUUGCGUGCCUUCUGCUUCUCGUCGCCGUGACAUGGGGAGAAAGGGAGCAGACUAGAUGGUCACGCCAAAUUAGUACUUACACCGCAGACAUUAGCGACUGGGUUCCCUUACCAGGACCCGUAGAAAGAGACCAACCCCAGGGUAAAAGGCAACCGGUGGCCGAACCUAGAAUACUCAGUGAGCCUUUCCCCAGUUUCACUAGACCAACCGCAUUCACCCAAGGUGGAGGAUUCAACCAAGAACCGUUUCCAUCGAGAACGUUCUACAAUACACCGGCGAAUCGGCAACUAUAUCUACAAUCCUUACCUUCAGUGCCCUCGGCUCCGCAAAAUUUCCUAACGGAACAAGGGUUCGGACAAAGCAUUCGUUUCGGAUUGUCACAACCAAACUUUCCAUUAAACCAAGGAUUUGUUGCUCCCCAGCUGAGUUUCGAUACAGUUCCGCAGACGAAGCCAAUCAAAUUUGAAAAUGUUCAGAAAACAAGCCAAUCGCAAAAGCCCCAAGUGCAGACUUUUAUCACUCAAGCCCCUAAAUUUAAGCCAGACUUGCCUAAAUUCUACGACGGAUAUCGUAUACAGAAUGUUAGCAACGAUUUUAAUACUAAGAGACCUCAGUCGCUACAAAAGCUCAAAUAUGAUGGCGUGAAAACGGAAACACUGGCGCAAAAUAAGCCUCAAGUCGAAAGAGAAGAAGUACAACUUUUGUAUGUGCCUCUGGAAUCUUUAAAUUCAGGCCAAUUUAACUUUAGAAAUCCUGUAGCUUCUCCUCAUAUUAUUAACUCUGAUCUGUAUAAUCAAAUCCAAAGACAAGUUCCACUUAAAACGCCCAUUAUCAAUAAUCCCUCUACAGAUUUCCAAAAAGCAACAACAAAGGCUGUGGAAAACUUUAACCCAAGACAGGAAUUUUCCUCCAACUUGAAUACACAAAUUCGCAACUUCGACCAAGUACCUAAAUUCACGACAUUAGCAUCACCAUUCCCGACGAUCCCACCAUCGACGUCUAAACCAAAGAAACUCAAGCCUCACCAACCUCCUUUAGCGAUAUUUUUAACCCAGGACGAGAAAAAGGAUAAACAAGUAAGAGUUGGAGACGUUCUGUACUCUUUGAAAAAUGCAAACACCAUUGCCGUGCUAGACGCUGUCAACCCUCAAAGUGCACCCAAAGUAUUCAUCGGUCCCUCAUCACUCUCGCCACCAGAGAAAUAUGUUAAAUUUGAAUUGCCCUACUUAUCAAACAUUGAAAAUAGUGAAAAGAAACUUCGGCAAUUGCCAUUUUUCGUAGCCCCAUUGAGCUACAAUACACCACAAGGAUUUGCUAAAAUUCCCUUCCCGUCACCGCAUGUAGGAUCUGUAGUUAUUAAUUCUCAAAUUAGUAAAGAUUCCCAACCAACUACGACGGUACCAAAUAUACCGCCUAGCUUUUACACGUAUAAUCAGUCCCCACCGAAGCAAGAACAGAGUUUAGAAUUUCAGAAUCCAAGAAUAAAUUACUAUACCACUGCUUCGCCUAAAACUAAGACACCAACAGGAUAUGAACCUAAUUAUUACUCUUUCGAACAACAGGCAGUCAAUCCACUGACGUCACCAGAAAAACCAAAUACUGGAAGUAAACCAACGUCUUACUUCUUGAGCAAUAUCGGAAAUCAAUAUAAUCCAUCUGACUACGUAAAUUUCCCAUCCGAACCAAACUACCAGACAACCGAGGGCGUUCAAACAUAUUCUAUUGCUCCCACAGCACGUACGGUUUCUACGCAAAAACCAACAACAACCACGACCACACCAUCCACACCGACUACAACGACGACGACCACUAUAAAACCAUCAACAUACCCAAGUCAAUUAUUAGAAACACAUAACCCAUAUUCCAUAAAUCAAGCAUUCCAUUUUAGUACUCCGAUAGAUUAUCAAAACUUUUUCGACGAAUACAAGGAAAAUUAUGCUGCUCCUGGACAGAAUUCCUCACCACAACAGGCAACUGAAACGAACAUCUCAACAACGAGCCAAGUAUCUGUUCCUCAAGAAAGAGAGAAAACGCAAAUGAAAUAUUCACAAGGGUCACCAAAUUAUUUACAGGGCUAUACGCCUGAAAUACAUUACGAAUCGGAAGUGCAAAAUUCAAGAUUUGGUAUUUAUAGUACCAAUCAAGAGCCAAAUGAAAGUACAGAGAGAUACAUGCAAACUAAUAACCCUGUCGUUUAUAACAAAAGCUAUGAACCAACUAGCAACCUAACUCCAGUAGUUCAGAAUGAGAACUUCGAAUCUAAUAACACCUAUUCACCAAUUAUACAAAACGAGAACAUCGAACCCAGUAGCCAACUUACUCCACCCAGAAAUGAGCCAGAGCGUGCUGAAACUAAACCUGUUUUGCCACAAAGUAACGAUGAAAUACUAAAUAACACACCAUUUACAUCAUACGAUAAUCAUAUUCCUGUCACAGGACCUACGUAUGACUAUAACAAGUAUGAAACUACCUUCAACAAUUAUGAACAUGAACAAACGCCUCAAAGUACUUCCUCUACCACGACCACUACGAGAAGAACACUACUAAGAACAAGGGGACGCCCGCGAUACCCAACAUCCAAACCUGAUACUGGAGAGUAUACAUCAAAAGCUACUAUUACUAGAAGACCGCUCAGAGAGAGAAGGCCCCUAGCAAAUAGACCCCGAUAUGAACCGAAUAAAAUAACAACAGAAAAACAAGUUUUAACAGAAAAACCAUCACGGUCAACUACCGAUUCAGUGGAAACUACAACAAAAUAUAAAAGGACAAGAACACGAGGACGUGUUCACUAUAAACCAUCUGAAUCCGACGAUAUAUACGAAAAACGAUUAAAAGCACAUAGCAGCAAGGAAAACGACCUAGCUUAUCAAAGAGAUGUUCUUCAUCAAAACUAUCCCGUAACGCUAAUGGAGCGACUGAGUACAGUUGACAUAGAACCAAUAACUGAACCGACUGUGAAAGUUUCAGCUACCAGUGUCCAACGUUCAGAAGAUACUGAAAACGCUUACAGCUACGAAAAAGUAUCUGUGACCGAACACACUGCAAUUACUGAAAAUAAGGAUGAUCAACACGAGUACACAGAUGCGUUAACUAAAGAUGUACCCAAUCCAACGUCAACUCAUAAUGAUGAAUAUAGUUAUCAAUCUAAAACCAGUAGUGCUCUUGUAGGCACUUAUCCAACAUACGAUGAGGCAAAGGGGGAAGAUAUUUAUAACCAGCAAACAACGCCUUUGCAUGCAACUGAAAUAUUAGAAGCAACUACUCAGAGUGUGGAUGAAAGUGAACAAAGUAUUUCGGUAACUAAUAGACCCAACAACCAAUAUGACGAAGAGAUAACAACAAAAGACACUGAACAUGGUAAUAAUGAAGCAAAUAAUGAAGAAUCUACAGAGCAGCAAGAAAAUGUCGUACAAACUACUCCAUCUUACAAUAGAGUACGUGUACGACCUGGAGUCAUUAGACAAUAUCAUCCAGCGUCAACAGAUUCAAGUAGAGUUAGAGCUGAUAGACGAAGACCAGCUCAAGGAAUCACAUAUAGACCAGCUUACGAUAGACGUAGAACUACAAUGCGAAUUGACGAAAUAGAAGCUGAUUUAAAAACGAAACAAGUACACUCACGCCCCGAGUUCCAAGAUUAUAAGCAUCCUGUUUAUAAACCAGAACCAACGACGGAAUCUACAGAAACAUCUUCACCGAUACAAGAAACGAGUACAAGACGCGGAAGUUACCGCCGAAGACGUCCCACAUACACAGUAUCGUCUACUGAAACACCGACGAAUAAAAGGACUUAUGAAAUAAAAAAUCGAUUCCGAGGACGUCGUCCUACAGAAAAACCAGAAGUUCAAACAGAACAGACAUCAACAACGACUGUUAGAGAUACACCUGUUGUCAAAUACAACGAUAGGCCACGAUUAUCUGAAAGAUUUAAUCAAAGUCCUGAACCGGAAGAGACAGAAACGGGAGACCAAGACCCUAAUUAUUCAAUUCAAAGACCGAGCUACGCUACGCUUGACGCCAAUCGAUGGUCUCCUAAAAUUUCGCCAGAGUAUUUUAAACCAUACAAUCCAAAUGAUAUUGCAGAUGAAUCUAAAGCACUCAAUGAAGACCAUCAAACAGAUAAUGGAUCAGAGCUCGAUAUAAUUACAGCUAAAAAUGAAUACGAUAAUAUUCUCAUCUCUGUCACGCCAGCGACCAACAAUAGAGCAAAUAAAAAAAUUCCGGACAUCCCACCAACGCUAGAAGCGUUAGUAGAGCAAAGCAGAAUUACAAAAAGUGAAAGUGGUGAUACAAUGUCAACAUUUGAAAGCAUGCUUGAAGAAGUAAUGAAAAGUUUAGAAGAGCAAGAUGAAGAUGAAUACACGAAAAAUGUCAUGAAACACAAAGGUGGAGAAAUUGGUGAAAUUCCACCAGAAAAAAUAAUAACAUCUGAAGAAAACUUUUAUUCGAAGUCCACCACACCGCUCCAAGAAAUUACUACAACGGCACCUUAUGAGAAAUUUGAAGACAUAACAGAGAAAGAAAUAAACCGAAAAACACGUCGUCGAGGAUUUUGGAAAAAGGUCAAAGUGCGCCCUGCAACAGAGUCUAUUGAAGUAGCCGAAUCUCAAUACUAUCCCAAUACAGUUAACAGACUAGGGCAAUCUGUACAGGUAAUAAGGUUAGUGGCCACA